AGAAAAUCAAAAAUCUCAGCUUCUCGAAAACUUCUUUUAAAGGUAAUUACUUGGAUAAGUAAUUGAUAAGAUGGAAAUGCCAUAAAGAGAUAGGAAGAGUGUUUUAUGACAGCAGAUGAGGUUGAAAGACUGUAAUUUGUGAUGUUAAUAACAAUAAUCAUUUCAAAGAGCUCUGUUCUAACUAGUACUAAUUAGUAACUAAGUACCACAAGUAGGAAAAUUACUAUCGAAACCAGCAAGCAUUCUGGUGGUUAUUCUUUUUAGAACAGCAGUUCCCAAACUCUGUGGCGCGUUGCCAUGGGGCUCCGCGAUGGACACACAGGGACACCACCCCUGAUCAUACACCAGGAACCGUGCCAUACCUCGGGGGAGCUCUAACUUGCAAUGUUAUGGCAACGCUAUGAAUCUUGUGAGAGUGAAUUCUAGCCUCAGGAGCUGCAGACUAGAGUUUACUCUCACCACUUAGACUACCAGGGCUUCUCCACCAGACCACCAGGGUUUAGUACUGCCCCCCUUCCAGGCAAAGGUAAGAAGGGGGGAUAUGAAAAUUAUUAUUUUUUUAAUUUAAAAUGUUUUAUAUAUUUAUCUGCCUUUCUAUCCCCACAGACCCCCAACAACUCCUCUCAUACACACAUUGUUCCCUCACACAUACCGCCCACACUGUACCCCUCACAUACAGUGCCCACCCCCCCACACACACACUGUACCCUUGACACACACUGCCAACCCUUGCACAUACACACACACUAUGCACCCCUCACACACACACAGAUACACACACAUACACACUUCACCACACACACACACUGCACCCCUCACACACAUACUGCACCCCUCUCAUACACACAUUACACCCGUCACACACACAUUUCACCCCAUACUACAUCCUUCACAAACCCCUCAAACCCCCACUGCACCCCUCAAACCCACAUGCACACACUCACAUACUGCACCCCUCUCACACACCCAAUGCACCCCUUACACACACAUACUGUAUCCGUCAUCCCUCACACACACACACAUUGCACCCCUCACACACACACUUCACCCCACACACAUUGCACCCCUCACACACACUAAUGCCUCUAUCCCCUACUACAGCCCCUAUCUCGGCAGAUCCCAGGUAAGUUGUCAAACUGUUCCUAAACAGUUUCACUACUUACACUGGGAGAGCACAACGGAACUCCUUGCACCAUAACGAGUACAGAGUUCUGUAGUGGUUAUUGUGCCUGGAUUGUUUCUUUAAAUAAUCUACCAGUGCCCCUCCCAAGAUUAGGUUCUGGAUCUGCCCCUGACCAGGAAACAUUUCUGCUAAACUGGUAACAAGUAUAUGCCUUAGCGCUGAAUAUUUAAACAACCUUGACAUUUGUUUUGACUUGGGGCGCCUUGGAAAAAUAUUGAAAUACUAGAAAUAAUAUAUAUAUAUAUAUAUAUAUAUAUAUAUAUAUAUAUAUUAAAAUAAAAAAGAUGAUUGACGGUUGGUUGCAAAACCAAAAUCUAUUAAGAACAGAAAUUGCAUGCGGAGCAUGGCAAAAGUCAUGAAUAGGAGGGGCAUUUCUCUCACUUUUUUUUUUUACAUUUCUUAAAGAGUUUGAUGUUAGCAAAGGCAAAGGAGGCAUGGGAUCAAGAACAUGUAAAUACACAGUUGGAAAAAGAAAGAUACCUGAGUGAGAGAGUGCCUCGUGCCAACAGCCAUGGCAUGACAUCAGCUGCCUUACAGGUAAAGAGUGAGGUGUUGCAGUUUGUGUUCUGUGUGUAUGGCGGAUGUGGCUAGUUAAAUUGUGGCACGUGCUUAUUUUUCACAUGAUAUCAUGAUAAAGGUAUAUUGUUGAGACUAAGUACUUUAUUUGCACUAGAUUGUGUUAAUUGUACGGUAGUACACUUUAUUUGCACAAGGUAUAAAUGUUUUUUAUGGUAUAGAUAUUUUACUUGGAUUGGGGGCUAUAGGCUAUAUUAUUGAAUUUGUAAUAUUAGUGACUGUUAAAGAUUUUAAUUAUUAAUGAUGAAGGGAUUGAAUUUCUUAGGUACUUGAGGUACUAUCGCAUUAGGUUAGGAUUGCAUAGGUUACACUGAGAGUACAUUUUUUUAAAAUAGUAUAUUUUUUAAAUGGCUAUUGUAUUUCUGAUCAGAGGCCAAUAGUGUUUUGUUGUCCUUGUAUGUACACUGUACAGUGAUAAUAAAGUUGAAUUUGAUCUGAACUGAGGUGCAUUGUGCAUUAUCUUAUGUUGGCUGCACCAAGAAGGGGGUUUAAUAAAUAUUAAAAUCAGUGUACUAAAUUAGGAUUUCUUAUAUUCUAACAGGAAUUGUGUAGAGAACUACAUGAGAAGGUUGGAAUUGUGGACGAGGAAAGAUAUGACAUUGAGGCAAAGGUUAUUCACAACACACGAGAGGUAAAAUCAUGUUUGUUGUGGAACUUGUCUAUCUUACUAUGCAUAUAAUAAAAAAAGAAAAUAAAAAGCAAACUAAACAAAACAAACAAACAAAAAAAAAACCCCAAUGAAUAAUGAAAUGGUCCAAGAGCCUAAUCCUAAUUCUGCAGCAACGCAGCAACGCAGAUAGCUGGAGUAAGCUAUUUAGUUAAGUCAAUGGAAAAAUAAUAAAAGUAUACCAAUCAACCAUGAAGAGCUAUGCACAACACUGUCUUGUAUGGGAGAAGGAGAUGAAGGAGAGAGAAGCCAAUACUAGAGAUGUACCUAGGUUUAUUGGCACACAGGGCAGAAAUAUAUGAUGACACCUCUCUCACUGUAGAUUUUUUUGUGUUUUGCUCUAUACCCAACCAUUUUUUGUUGAGAAUAUUUGGAAACACACUCACAUGCAUACACUGAUCAGCAACAACAUUAAACCACUGUCAGUUGAAGUAAAUAAAUAAAAUGGCAAUUAAAGGUUAAUUUCCCACACAUGUGGCUUUUUAAAUUGCAGUUAGUGUCUGUGUGUGGUGUAUCUAUCAAGAUAGAGUUAGAUAGAUCUCUAUUGUAAAGGCACCCCGAGUAGGUGAAGCCUUGUGGAAGACUGAGACAGUUUUUACAAUAUCCAAUCACGUACAGUAUGUACAGUACGGAAACACUCCAACAUAAGCAGUACAACUCCUCCUCUCUAUCCUGGAGAUAAUUGGGUUAAGUGCUUGAAGUAACUCAAUUACCUCCAGGGAUAGAGAAUAUCCUAAUUUUACAAUAAAACCAACAUAAAAUACAUAUUUCUUAAUAUACCGAACGGAACCCCACACUCAACGUAUCCCCAGAUAGCUUAGAUCUGAGCGCUCAAUAUAACCCAACAGCGAUCAGAUCCCAUACAUAUAGUAAAAUUGCCAUGAAGUUAAAGUUUGUACAUUGUGCAUUUGACGAAACAAAUGAGCUCCAUGGGUUUACUAUCUGGUACAGUUCUGUUUGUGUAAUGUCAAUUUACCGAACGGCACGGCGUUCGUAUGAAUUGAAACAAAGCGAUGGAUGGUUGGUGUUCUCAGCGGUGUUUGUAGGAGCAGUGUCUGAAAUGAGUUCCAUGUGGUUGUCGAUGAACACCGCUGGGCUGUCGACUGUCCAAGAUGGUCGCCGUUAUGCGUUUGUGUUCAUUCAUGCGAACGACGACCACCCAGCCGACCGUUCGGGAGUUGGAAGUGUCUGCGGUUAACCACAAUGUUAAUAAGGGCAGAAAGGUUAAUGAGCAGCACACUUCCCUGCUGGGUGGCCUGCCAUUUGGUAGUUAAUUCAUCUUUUUAUGAAUGCAAGCAAGAAACAUAUGAACAACCGGGAACUGACGAAGAAACAGACAAAAUAGGUUUUAAAUAAUAAUCCAGAGGCAGGGAGAUCUUCCACAUCUAUGUAUGGAUGUAUCAAUGUAUGUAUACUACUACUGCAUACCCGGAACACACCACAAGACUGAAGGUGCCCUGACCCAGUCAUCUAGCCAUCACUAUUUGGCCCUUGUCAAAGUCACUCAGAUCUUUUCGAUUGACCAUUUUUACUGCUUCAGACAUAUUAAAGCACCACUAUAAUCACCCAGACCACUUCAUGAAGUGGUCUGGGUGCCAGGUCCAUCUAGGAUUAACCCCGCCUGCUAUAAACAUAGCAGUUUCAGAGAAACUGCUAUGUUUACAUAUGGGUUAAUCCAGCCUCUAGUGGCUGUCUCAUUGACAGCCGCUAGAGGCGCUUCUGCGUUUCUCACUGUGAUUUUCACAGUGAGAAGACACCAGCGUCCAUAGGAAAGCAUUGAGAAUGAAUGCCGAUGACGUUGGAAGGAGGAGGAGAGUCCCCAGCACCGAGGGAAACCGGCGCUGGAGAAAGAUAAGUGUUUAACCCCUUCCUCCAACUUCAGCCCGGCGGGAGGGGGACCCUGAGGGUGGGGGCAAACAAUUUUGUUUUCCUGGCACCUAUAGUGGUCGUUUAAAUUUAAGAACUGGCUGUUCACAUGUUGCUUUAUAUAUAUAUAUCAAUCCUUGACAGAUGCCAUUGUAACAACAUAAUCAAUUUUAUUCACUUCACAAGGUUACACACACAGGUUACAAUGGCAAUUAAAGGUUAAUUUCCCACACAUGUGGUUUUUUAAAUUGCAAUUAGUGUCUGUUUGUGGUGUAUCUAUCUAGAUAGAUAAAUCUCUAUGUAUGGCUAUCAAUGUAUGUAUGUAUGUAUGUAUGUAUCUAUCUAAUCUAUCUACAGUUGCAUACCCUAGCAGAUGUUUUUUUUUUUAUUUAAAAAAUAUGACUGAUAAUGGUUUCAAUAAAUGUCUUCUUUCGAAAGAUAGUGAUCAUAUAAAGGCAUUUAUUAUCACAUAGUUGUUUGGCUUGUGUAUAAAUCAUAAUGAUAACUGUUACGGUACCUUCAGCAUGAAAUGUACAAACCGCCGUUUAGUGAAUGCUCCCCGUUCGCAAUAAUGUAGGUUGUAUGCGUAUCCAAUACAAUCAUGCCGCUAGCUAGGGAACACUCCAAACUCCCGAACGGUAUCCAUACGGUCACUUCCCUCCACGAGCUUCAAGCUCACGAACCAUCAAUAGCAGCCGAACGUCGGUAUCUCCCAAGCGGCUAAUAAUCCCAUAUAGCAGUCUCUAGUCGCCAGUAAUAAAAUCCCCCCAAUAACGAGACCAAGCUCCGCAUUGAGGGUAAAACACAAACUGAGUUUACUGGGGGCUACCCGCCCGUAUUUAUGCAGGUCUCCCACUUGGUGGACACUCCCCUAGGGGACCAAAUGGGAGACUGGAAUAGCAGAUGGACAUAUGGCAUUUCAGGACAUACAGUCACACAAUAUUCCCAGCAUACAUCACAGUUUCCUCCCCUCUGCUCGGGAGAUAAUUGAGAAGUAAUUCAAUUAUUUCCCAGAGCAGAGGCAAAUCGCCAUUUUAAAUACAAAUCAUAAAACACAUAAAAAUAUAUAACUUUAUAAUUGCCGAACAUUUCUCAUUCGUGUAACACAUCCCCAGAUAGCCUGGAUCUGAGUGCAUUUUAUUGGCGAAUAGCGCUCAAUGUGGACCUGAAUUUUUGGGCGCAAAAAUUUGUCUAAAAAAGUCCUGGAAAUGGCUAGAGGGCUGCAAAAUGAAGUAAAAUAGGGGUAAGAGUAAGACAAGUGCCCUGCAAACAAAUGUGGAUAGGAAAAUCACUUAAAGUAACAUAAAAAUUAAAAAUACAGUUGAGCCAUAAAAUACCACUAGAUGGAUGGAGGGGGAGGAGGUAGCUACACUGUUUUUAUAUAUAUAUAUAUAUAUAUAUAUAUAUAUAUAUAUAUAUUGUGACGAGACCAAUCUCGCCACAUUGCAUUGGAGAAGCCUGGUUGCUCGCCUGCUGCCUUUGGACUAUGGCCCCCAUGUUAAAAGACUUUGUUUCGCCUGAAGAAAAGCUGUAUUCGUGCUUUUCUGCCGGUGCUUUUCUGCCAGUUGUUCGGUAGAUUCCCAUUAUCGCACACCACCAGGCCGGGCUUGAGGCUCAGUGGCAACAACCACUCAUCGGUCUGUUGUUUCAUGCCCGUCCACAGCUCCUGCGCAGUGUGGGUUUUUUCCCCCAAACAUAUGAGUUUGAAAACAGCCUGCUGUCAUUUCUCCCUGGCUGUGCUGAAGUUGGUGGUGAAGGUGUUACACUGACCGGAUGAGGAAGUGGUAGAGGAGGAGGAGGAAGAAGCUGAGUAGGAGGAGGAGGCAACAGGAGGCAAAACUGUGUACACAAAUAAAGAUUGUGAAACUUUGUAUCUUGGAACUGUGUCCCAUUCAGUUACUGGGAGAAAUGGGUUUGACCUAUUCUAAUCAAAGGGGAUAACCAUCAGUUAUCCUGGUCCUGCUUCAAUUGGUGGCAAGUGGCGGGAUCCCAUGUCCCUGCCAACAGACCCAUGGACUACAGUGCUCUAAAGCGACCUCCACUUGUGUGGAGCAAGAGGAAUAACGCCUGGUGGGCGUAACAAGGCCGAAUUGACUGCUAUGCUCAUGGAGGAUGACCAGGCACGCAGUGAGGCAAUGAACCCCAGCCAGGGGCCGGAGAUGAAGAGGAAGUGCGCAAGGAGGUGUAACGCCGCCUGGCAAAUUACCGAGAGCCACCAUCAGAGGAGAUUGUCAGCCGGACCUUUUUGGAGGUGCAAGCCUAUGUCUUUGCCAAUAGACAGAAGGCGACCUCCAUGAACCCAGAUGAAGGAAGAAGGGAGCACAGAGGGCGCCGGGAAGAACAACCACCCUGGCACACAAGCUACCAUACAAUGCCUUCAAAGACUUCAAUGAAGCAGAAGGCAUCGAUGACUUUUUACAAGAAUUUGAGCGCCAGUGUCUACUCUAAGACGUGGACUCCAGCCUCACAUUAAAGGGACACUAUAGCUUAAUGAAGUGGUUCUGGUGUCUAUAGCCGGUCCCUGCAGACUUUUUAAUGUAAACACACACUGUGUGCAGCACUGGCGUUCGUGCAUAUGGCAGAACAUAUGGGUGGGGCAUUGUGUCUUUUCUUUUGUCUAGGGAGGCAAAAAUCCUUGCACAAGCUCUGAUCCUGGGCAGGUGCACCAGUCUACUGGUGACCCACAGGAGGGGAGUGCACUGAUUGCACUGCACUCUCCUCCUGCCCAGACCCAUCUUUACAGCAGUGCAAGUGCCCUCUGCCCCUAAUUUACAGUGGCUCACACUCACAACAAGCAGUGCCUGGAGCCAUUUGCAGAUACGGGAACAAAGAGGUUUUGCGGCAGCUGGCCGUCCUGCAAGCAUUACAUUAAACAGCUGUUCCCCAUGCAGCCACAGGUGGCGCUGUGCUGGGAAAAUGUGAUUACUCUUUACUUCCUCCCAGCCUACAGAGCAGCGCAUGGGAGAGAGAGAGAGAGAGAGGAGGAGGCAUGAUUUCAUCUUACAACAAAUCAACUAAGCAAAUCUUUAUAAAUAUGGGCGGAUCAGCUCUGUUUCAACAGUUUAUUGGUGUUUACUCUGAUGUCUGUAUUAAUAUUGAGGGAUUUCUAAGUAGUAACAUCAGUGUGUGCCAGCAGGGCCAGCCGUUGGGGUGUGCACGCUGUGCGGUCACGCACGGUACCAUGACAACAGAGGCGCCCGGCGGCCAACACAGCUCACAAGUUGGGUACACAAGCAUAUUCAAUUUAAACGAUUCGCUGGUGGUCCACUGGUGCACACCAGCAGUAGGUGCAGUCAGAUCAUAUCCUCUCCCUCGUGGUUCCGGCGCUCAGUUAGUGAGUCAGAGCACAGGCACAGAGAUUCUCAGCCUGCGCUCUGACAACAUUGAAAGUCGGAGCCGUGAAGGAGCAGGUAUGGCAAAGAGCUACUGAUUAGCAUAACAUCAAUAUCCGUUAUAAAACCAGGAAAAGGUGGGCAUGGAUGGUGAACUGAUUUGGUGGUGCAAAGGGCCACUUGACUGGUUUUGCCCCCCAGGCCUAAGGCUGCCAGCCCUACCCUGACCGCAGUAUUUGACGCUUCUAUUUGACUCUCAGAUAUGAAUUGCAGGGCCCAAGUUUACUAUUUAGCAGAUUAGCACCCAUAAAAUAAUAAUGUUUAGAAUUGCGCUGUAACCACAGUAUUUGACACUUCUAUUUGACUCUCAGAUAUAGCAUGAAGAGCAUGCCCCAAAUGUGUUUAGAAUUAGCAGUUUAGCACCACAAGUAUUUGACACUUCUAUUUGACUCUCAGAUAUGAAGAGCAUGCCCCAAAUGUACUAUUUAGCAGUUUAGCACCAAAACAAUUAGAAUUUUUACAACUGCGCUGUAACCGCACUAUUUGACGCUUCUAUUUGACUCUCAGAUAUGAAGAGCACGCCCCAAAUUUACUAUUUAGCAGAUUAGCACCAGAAAAUAAGAAUGUUUACAAUUGCGCUGUAACCACAGUAUUUGACGCUUCUAUUUGACUCUCAGAUAUGAAGAGCAUGCCCCAAAUAUACUAUUUAGCAGAUUAGCACCCCGAAAAUAAGAAUGUUUACAAAUGCUCUGUAACCGCACUAUUUGACACUUCUAUUUGACUCUCAGAUAUGAAGAGCAUGCCCCAAAUUUACUAUUUAGCAGAUUAGCACCCAGAAAAUAAGAAUGUUUAAAAUUGCGCUGUAACCACAGUAUUUGAUGCUUCUAUUUGACUCUCAGAUAUGAAGAGCACGCCCCAAAUUUACUAUUUAGCAGAUUAGCACCAAAACAAUUAGAAUUUUUACAACUGCGCUGUAACCGCAGUAUUUGACGCUUCUAUUUGACUCUCAGAUAUGAAGAGCACGCCCCAAAUUUACUAUUUAGCAGUUUAGCACCAAAACAAUUAGAAUUUUUACAAUGCGCUGUAACCGCAGUAUUUGACGCUUCUAUUUGACUCUCAGAUAUGAAGAGCACACCCCAAAUUUACUAUUUAGCAGUUUAGCACCCAGAAAAUAAGAAUGUUUACAAUUGCGCUGUAACCGCACUAUUUGACGCUUCUAUUUGACUCUCAGAUAUGAAGUGCAGGGCCCAAAUUUAUUAUUUAGCAGAUUAGCACCCAGAAAAUAAGAAUGUUUGCAAUUGCGCUGUAACCGCAGUAUUUGAAGCUUCUAUUUGACUCUCAGAUAUGAAGAGCAUGCCCCAAAUUUACUAUUUAGCAGUUUAUCACCCAAACAAUUAGAAUUUUUACAACUGCGCUGUAACCGCACUAUUUGACGCUUCUAUUUGACUCUCAGAUAUGAAGCGCAUGCCCCAAAUUUACUAUUUAGCAGAUCAGCACCCAGAAAAUAAGAAUGUUUACAAUUGCGCUGUAACCGCACUAUUUGAUGCUUCUAUUUGACUCUCGGAUAUGAAGAGCACGCCCCAAAUUUACUAUUUAGCAGUUUAGCACCAAAACAAUUAGAAUUUUUACAACUGCGCUGUAACCGCAGUAUUUGACGCUUCUGUUUGAAUCUCGAUAUGAAGAGCACGCCCCAAAUUUACUAUUUAGCAGAUUAGCACCAGAAAAUAAGAAUGUUUACAAUUGCGCUGUAACCACAGUAUUUGACGCUUCUAUUUGACUCUCAGAUAUGAAGAGCAUGCCCCAAAUUUACUAUUUAGCAGAUUAGCACCCCGAAAAUAAGAAUGUUUACAAAUGCUCUGUAACCGCACUAUUUGACACUUCUAUUUGACUCUCAGAUAUGAAGAGCAUGCCCCAAAUUUACUAUUUAGCAGAUUAGCACCCAGAAAAUAAGAAUGUUUAAAAUUGCGCUGUAACCACAGUAUUUGAUGCUUCUAUUUGACUCUCAGAUAUGAAGAGCACGCCCCAAAUUUACUAUUUAGCAGAUUAGCACCAAAACAAUUAGAAUUUUUACAACUGCGCUGUAACCGCAGUAUUUGACGCUUCUAUUUGACUCUCAGAUAUGAAGAGCACACCCCAAAUUUACUAUUUAACAGUUUAGCACCCCGAAAAUAAGAAUGUUUACAAAUGCGCUGUAACCGCACUAUUUGACGCUUCUAUUUGACUCUCAGAUAUGAAGUGCAGGGCCCAAGUUUACUAUUUAGCAGAUUAGCACCCAGAAAAUAAGAAUGUUUACAAUUGCGCUGUAACCGCACUAUUUGACACUUCUAUUUGACUCUCAGAUAUGAAGAGCAUGCCCCAAAUGUACUAUUUAGCAGUUUAGCACCAAAACAAUUAGAAUUUUUACAACUGUGCUGUAACCGCAGUAUUUGAAGCUUCUAUUUGACUCUCAGAUAUGAAGAGCAUGCCCCAAAUUUACUAUUUAGCAGUUUAUCACCCAAACAAUUAGAAUUUUUACAACUGCGCUGUAACCGCACUAUUUGACGCUUCUAUUUGACUCUCAGAUAUGAAGCGCAUGCCCCAAAUUUACUAUUUAGCAGAUCAGCACCCAGAAAAUAAGAAUGUUUACAAUUGCGCUGUAACCGCACUAUUUGACGCUUCUAUUUGACUUUCGGAUAUGAAGAGCACGCCCCAAAUUUACUAUUUAGCAGUUUAGCACCAAAACAAUUAGAAUUUUUACAACUGUGCUGUAACCGCAGUAUUUGACGCUUCUCUUUGAAUCUCGAUAUGAAGAGUGUGACGAGACCAAUCUCGCCACAUUGCAUUGGAGAAGCCUGGUUGCUCGCCUGCUGCCUUUGGACUAUGGCCCCAUGUUAAAAGAAAUCUUUUUUCACUGCAGAAAAGACUUAUUUGUGCUUUUCUGCCCGGUGUUCGGUAGAUUCUCGGAUUUACUGAAUGAACUCAUAUAACCCAGAUAGGUAUGCCAUGGAGCCUAUUCAUGUAAUAAAAGACUUUGUCUCCAUGGCAAUUGAACUGUAUGUGUUUGUGGUCUGAGCGCCAUUCAGUAUUAAUGUGCACUCAGACCUAAGCUAUCUGGGCAUAUGUUGCAUGUCUGUAUUUUAUGUCAUAAAUGUAACCUUGUGUAUUUUAUUGUAUUUUACUGUCUUUUUGCUGCCAUGUGUUUUUUUUAUUAAAAACAAAAAAAAAAACACAUGGCAGCAAAAAGUUCAGACAUAACAUAUUCCCCAGAUAGCUUAGGUCUGAGCACAUUAAUACUGAAUGGCGCUCAGACCGCAAACACAUACAGUUCAAUUGCCAUGGAGCCAAAGUCUUUUAUUACAUGAAUAGGCUCCAUGGCAUACCUAUCUGGGUUAUAUGAGUUCAUUCAGUAAAUCCGAGAAUCUACCGAACACCGGGCAGAAAAGCACGAAUAAGUCUUUUCUGCAGUGAAAAAGAUGUCUUUUAACAUGGGGCCAUAGUCCAAAGGCAGCAGGCGAGCAACCAGGCUUCUCCAAUGCAAUGUGUCAAGAUUGCUCUCGUCACAAAGAGAACACCCAAAAUGUACUAUUUAGCAGUUUAUCGCCGAAACAAUUAGAAUUUUUACAACUGCGCUAUAACCGCACUAUUUGACGCUUCUAUUUGACUCUCAGAUAUGAAGUGCAGGGCCCAAAUUUACUAUUUAGCAGAGUAGCACCCAGAAAAUAAGAAUGUUUACAAUUGCGCUGUAACCGCACUAUUUGACGCUUCUAUUUGACUCUCAGAUAUGAAGUGCAGGGCCCAAAUUUAUUAUUUAGCAGAUUAGCACCCAGAAAAUAAGAAUGUUUGCAAUUGCGCUGUAACCGCAGUAUUUGAAGCUUCUAUUUGACUCUCAGAUAUGAAGAGCAUGCCCCAAAUUUACUAUUUAGCAGUUUAUCACCCAAACAAUUAGAAUUUUUACAACUGCGCUGUAACCGCACUAUUUGACGCUUCUAUUUGACUCUCAGAUAUGAAGCGCAUGCCCCAAAUUUACUAUUUAGCAGAUCAGCACCCAGAAAAUAAGAAUGUUUACAAUUGCGCUGUAACCGCACUAUUUGAUGCUUCUAUUUGACUCUCGGAUAUGAAGAGCACGCCCCAAAUUUACUAUUUAGCAGUUUAGCACCAAAACAAUUAGAAUUUUUACAACUGCGCUGUAACCGCAGUAUUUGACGCUUCUGUUUGAAUCUCGAUAUGAAGAGCACGCCCCAAAUUUACUAUUUAGCAGAUUAGCACCAGAAAAUAAGAAUGUUUACAACUGCGCUAUAACCGCACUAUUUGACGCUUCUAUUUGACUCUCAGAUAUGAAGUGCAGGGCCCAAAUUUAUUAUUUAGCAGAUUAGCACCCAGAAAAUAAGAAUGUUUGCAAUUGCGCUGUAACCGCAGUAUUUGACUCUUCUAUUUGACUUUCAGAUAUGAAGAGCACGCCCCAAAUUUACUAUUUAGCAAUUUAGCACCAAAACAAUUAGAACUUUUACAACUGCGCUGUAACUGAAAAGUACUCUCAGAUAUGAAGUGCACCCCACUAAUGUACUUUUUAGUACCCCAAAAAAUUGACUUUUUAAAACUUAGAUAUAACCGCAGUAUUUGACGCUACUAUUUGACUCUCAGAUAUGAAGUGCAGCCCACUAAUGUAUUAGUUUGCAGAAUUCUUUCCUAAUCUGUCCCUGAAAGCGGCAGCAUCCUCUCCCUACACUAAUAAGAGCUCAUGUGCGUGCGGUGCUACGUAACUCCAGCUUAUAUAUAGAGCCUGGGUCACAUGCUGCACUGGCCAAUCACAGCCAUGCCAUUAGUAGGCAUGGCUGUGAUGACUUCUAAAGGCAAACAAGUCAAACGCUUGUUGAUUGGCUGCCCUGCAGCCUUUCAAAACGCGUCAUUAAAUUGCCGAACACUGAACUCCAACCGUAACAUUCAGUGAUAUAUCCAUGUUCUGGUCCUGGGUCCAAAAAACGUAAUGUUCAAUACGAACCUGAACUUUACAGUCUGGGUUCGCUCAACUCUAUUAGGGACCUCAUAGACAACUAUAACAAAGGAGGAAUAUCAGAGGGAUAUUAGCUACACCUCACUGACGAUGCCCAUUGAAAGCUGAAACGAUUGACUGGGGUUUCUAUAUCUCUUGUGCAGAGAGAACUUUUCAGUUCUGGACUGCCCAUACAAGUGGGAUUAGUCUGAUAUUCAUUUAUUUAUAAAAUAUUUUACUAGGAUGGAUACAUUGAGAUUUCUCUUGUUUCAAGUAUGUCCUGGGUAUGCUUCAAAUAUGUUCUGUAAUGCUGUAAUGGCACAAGUGAGCAUAAACUAUUUUGAGACCUGAGCAGGGAUUUACUGAAGGGCAAGCUACUGAGUUUCUCUAAGCUUUUGCCUGUUCUUUACCUUUCCUUGUUUUUACUACAAAAGACUGCAUUCUGUAAUUGAUGCUAAAAUUGAUGCUUAAGAACUAAGGGUAUGCAGAAUUUUGAACGGGGUCAUUCCUUUUUUUUUCUUUGUUGCCAUGUUUGUCAUUCUAUUAUAGCCUACAGUUGAAUAUGAAUCCCAUAAGAAAUAUAAUAAAUGUGUUUUGCCUGCUGACUCAUGUUUUCUUUAAAAAUGGUACAUAUAUUGCCAAUGCUCCAAGAGUAUGCACGUUUAAGCACAACUUUAUUUUUCAUAUCUAUCUAUCUAUCUAUCUAUCUAUCUGGACGAACCUCUGAUAUCCAGGACCGUGUGGAAAAGAUGUCUCCUACUCCAGAGAGCAUAGCAGGAACAGCUCUUAUAAGAGGCAGUGAUUUAGCCCCAGGGGAGUAUACGGAUUAUAGCAAUCCCCAGUGUAAAUAUAACAGUUCCCCUCCAAUCACGAGAUCAAGCUACUUGUUCAGAGUUAAGCAGGACUCAAUUUUAAUGGUGCCACGUGUUAUUGGAGGGGCCUACUUGCCAGCCUCCUGCCUCAGGACUAUAGCCCCUACAAUAGAACUUGGCUAAUAUACUUUAAAAAGGCUCUGUUCGUGCUAUUGGGAUUAUGUGGUUCGGGAACCAAACAGCCGCAAGAACUAGAGACCACCCUAUUAACACUUGGUAACGAUUCUAACCACAGUGUUCUAAUUGUUUGUCUGGAUGGCCACUGUGAACGACCACGAGGUGGUGGCCAUCUUGUUCGCAUAAGCGCUAGCAGUGGUGUUUGGUCGUUUAAUUCCUGGAACUAAAAUCACACACGGAAACUCCUGAACACCACUAGACUUCAAUCAUUGCCUGCGUUCGGUUAUACACAACUUAGAAGGGCACUGUUCGGUGGAAUCGUUCGUCUGGAUGAAGGGAACAAGCUCCAGGGUAAGACUAUUGACUAUGUUUGGUUUUUAAAUUACUUGUGUGCGGUCGGUAAAAUUAUGACUUCCAUGUAAAUCCCAAACCCCUGAACCGAUCUGAGUGAUUUUUGGAUGUUGGUCCCCAAGAUCGGGGCUAUCAGGUGAUAAGACUUUUGUGGGUGUAGCGGAGAGGUAGUAUAAUCCACAGUAUCUCCGCUAGGUAACAGAAACUGCAUAAAAUCCUUCAAGCAAAAUAAGUACAGCAUGCAAUAAUCCUGGUAGCGUUGUAUAAAUCCUUCCUUCCCAAGAACUAGACGACACAUAGGCUGGGAGUCAAUUCAGCUUUUAAUCACAGGUCACAGUAUUUAUGGGAUUCCCCAUGCAAGGGUUUCCCUACUGACAUUACAGGGGUUGGACAGUAGGGGACUACAUGGGAAACUUAACAACCUGGACCUUUCUCCCAUCAUUCACUGCUGCACGAGAGGUAUACUCCCACUAGAAUAUCCAGUUAAAUGGAUUAUCCCUCCGUGCAGCAGAACUGGCAUUUUACACGAAAAUACAUAACUUUCACAUUAUUCAUGUUAUUUUACCGAAUGACCGUUCGGUAGAUAGCUGGAGUCUGAGCACACCUUUCAUGAAAGUACCGCUCAGAUCCCAGCAUAAAUAACCGAACGCCGCACAAAAACAUUCACCUUAAAGUACCGAAUGUAUAUAGGGGAACAAACUACCGAAGGACCGGUGCUCCUGAACGGCCUGGAAGUCCAGCGGUAUUCGUGCCAGCUGGGCUAACAAAGGAUCCAAGAUGGCUGACCGCCGCGUGGUCAGUUGCUGAAUGGCGGCCACCCUGAAUCUCAAUAAUUACCAAUGGAUACACUGUUGCAAUACUAAAUGGGAGCCACACGACCUCCUGUGUGUGGUCUCCCAUUCGGUAGUUUGUUAGUUUCACGAACAGUGUUGAAAUUCACUGUUUGUGAAACUACUGUAUGAAUGCUGGUGGUUUUCCUGCCGCCAGCAUACGACUGCUUUCGUUCGCAUAAAAUUAAGAAAUAGGUACAUGCUUGGUUCUCACAUUCUUAAAGUCACAGAAACACAUUAAUAUACAUACAGUCUUAAGUGGCUAGUUUUGCCACAGUGGGGUUUCCAUGUGUUUUGGGGGUACAGUUAGUACAGUUCCUGACUCAAUUGUCUCUCAGGCACAGGGGAGGGAUUAUCUUGCUUUGUGUGGGGGUGAGCCAAUGUAAUUAUAGUGUGUACUUUGUCACAGUUCCCUCUCAGGUCCAGUAGGGAAUGCCCCUGGAAUAUGUUAUGGAAAACCCCUUGCAUGGGAACUUGCAUAUCAGGCCAGUUGUGGUUGCCAUUAAACAGUUCUACUUCACCCUCAACACAGAGCCUCAUCUCGUGCUUGUAGGGGACAGCUAUAACAGCUAUGUCACUAGUAGACUUGAGCGAACCUGAACUAUAAAGUUCAGGUUCGUACUGAACAUUACGAUUUUUGGACCCCGGACCCGAACACGGACAUAUCAGUGUAUGUUCGGGUUGGAGUUCGCUGUUCGGCGAUUUAAUGGUGCAUUUUGAAAGGCUGCAGGGCAGCCAAUCAACAUGCGUUUGACUUGUGUGCCCUUAGAAACCAUCACAGCCAUGCCUACUAAAGGCAUGGAUGUGAUUGGCCAGUGCAGCAUGUGACCCAGCCUCUAUAUAAGCUGGUUACUUAGUAUUAUUAAAUUGUGCCCCUACUCGCUAUACCGCGAGUAGGGGCAUGUCUAUUAAACAGUGAGCAGCCUGUGGCUGCUCACUGUUAAAAAAAAAAAAAAAACAUUCCCCCCUCCUGAGCUCCCACCCGUGACACAUGAGUGGGAGCUUUAAACUAAAGGGCCUGUUGCCCCCCCGGCCCCCACCCAUGAGCGAGGUGGGGGCCAUAAAUACCAAUAAGGGGGGGAGACCUAUUGCCCCCCCCGGCCCCCACCCCUGAGCGGCGGGUGGGGGCUGUAAAUACCAUUGGGGGGGACCUAUUGUCCUCAUCCCGGCCCCCACCCCUGAGCUGCGGGUGGGGACCAUAAAUUAGAAUAAGGGGGGGACCUAUUGUCCUCCCCCCAGCCCCCACCCCUGAGCUGUAGGUGUGGGCACUAAAUAUUAAUAAGGAGGGGACCUAUUGUCCUCCCCCCUGGCCCCCAUCCCUGAGCGGCGGGUGGGGGCCCUAAAUAACAAUAAGGGGGGACCUACUGUCCUCCCCCCCCGUACCCCUCCCCUGAGCAGUGGGGGUGGGGGCCAUAAAUUAAAAUUGGGGGGGACCUAAUGUCCUCCCCCUGGCCCCCACCCCUGAGCGGUGGGUGGAGGCAAUAAAUAAAAAUUGGGGGGGACCUAAUUUCCAAAGAACUUGUGUAAAAUGACACAGAGCACUCUGAUUGGUGGAUUUCAAGCCAACCAAUCAGAGUGCUGUGAUAGGUAAAUGUAGAGACUUACCUGUCAGUCUCUUCAUUUACCUAUCAGAGCACUCUGAUUGGAUGGCUUAAACUCAAUCAGAGUGCUCUGAGCCUAAUUGCAGGGCGGGGCAAGGCUUUAUAAUUAUUAUUUUUAUUUUUUAUUUUUUUUAAAGUGCGUCGGAUAUUAUGGAUUUUUAUUUGGCCUUUUUUGAGGCUGAAAAAAGAAGAGUUUAGAAGAAAGAAAACAUCAAAUGGUAAGUCUAUUUUUUAAAUUUUUUUACAGGUAUUUAGAUAAGGGUCCCCCAUCAUUAUUUUUAGGAUGAGGGGGGUAGGUAGGGGUUAUUUGUUGGCGGGGAGGGUGGUGACUAGAGAUUUGGGGACCCCUAGUAACCUGGGGGGGCUAAAUUUUUAUUUAGGGCCCCCACCCGCCACUCAGGGGUGGGGGCCAUGGGGGAGGACAAUAGGUCCCCCCCAAUUUUUAUUUAUGGCCCCUGUGAGGAGAGCAAUCUCGCCACAUUGCAUUGGAGAAGCCUGGUUGCUCGCCUGUUGCCUUUGGAUUAUGGCCCCAUGUUAAAAGGCUUGAUUUUCCCCUGCAAAGACAAGAAAGCUGGGUCAUUUGGUGCUUGCCCUGUUUGAGCAGUGAUACCCCAGAUAGCUAUGCCAUGGAGCCCAUUCGUAUAAUGAAAGACUAUGGGAAAGACUUUGGCUCCAUGGCAAUUGAACUGUAUGUGUGUGCUCUGAGCGCCAUUCAGUAAUAAUGUGUGCUCAGACCUAAGCUAUCUGGGCAUAUGUUGCAUGUCUGUAUUUUAUGUCAUAAAUGUAACCUUGUGUAUUUUAUUGUAUUUUACUGUCUUUUUGCUGCCAUGUGUUCAAUGGAGUUUUGCCUCUGUCUUUGGAGAUAAUUGGAUUACUUCACAAUUAUCUCCAGGAUAGAAGACUCUGUGGAACUGGUUUUGGGCAGAAAAGCCAUGCUUCCUGUGGUCACAAAGGACUACGAUCUAUCUUUUGAACCACUGGACCAAUUUGUAUGAUUUUGAUGUAUGUUUGUAUUUGGAGUAUGCUGAUUCUGAAAAUUUAUGUGAAUGUGAUGCAUACUUGUCAAGUUAUGAAUAAUGUGGAAAAAUUGUAUUUCUCUGCUUGUGCUAAAUUACAUUACCCAUUGUGUAAGGUAAUUGAAUCACAAGCAGAGGGGAGGAAUUUGUGUGGGAGUGUCUGAGUGUAUUGUAUGUGUUUAUUGGUUGUGUUCCAAAACCCUGUGGGUGGUACUAAUGUGUAAGAAUGUGUACAUAAGCACAAUAAACCCACAGCUCUGACUGUUCACUGCUUGACCCUCAACACGGAGCUUUGUCUCGUUCUUGGGGGGAUUUAUUGUAUGCUGUUCCAGUUCGACUGCUAGGAGUGUAAACCUAUUCGUAUGGUUUUUCCUAUUCGGCUGUUUACAGCAUUCGUAUGGUUUCCUGUUCGGCGGAUUGGUGUUCUGCAGUAGCUGUGCCAGCAUCUCUGGAAGGGGAAGAUCUACUAAACGGCGGUUUAACCCUUUUAUGCUGAGGGUGCUGUUACAAUUGGUGGCAAGCGGCGGGAUCGUUCUUACAGCCAGAAGGACAGCUACAGGAGACACCAUUUCUUUGGAUUUACAAGUGGGGGCAACGCAUGUCCCAGUACAGCAACCCUAAAAGCAACAGAAUGGAACCAGCAGUGUUAUACAAGGAGGAGGACCUGGAUGGCCGGGAUGCAUUAAGGAAAAGCAUCUGGUACCAGGCCCUGGAUAAUGUACAAUACCAGCGAGGUGAGAGUCUCCCCAGUGAAGAGCAGCGGUUGCAGAAGCAAGUGGCCCUGCGGAUGCCCUUCCUCGGAGUGCAGCCCCUAAAGGAAUGGGUGAAGGAAUUGGAGCUCUGAGUAUGGCAGGAGAUUUGGCUGGAAGAUGCCUACCAGGCGCUCUGGUGGUAUGGGGCACAGUACCUGCCCUGAACAGCCGAGCAUGACAAGCCAGAGGGAGAGGAGUUUGAUGGUCCUGGCUUGUUAUGGGAGGCUUUUGCAGAGCCUGAGUUUGGGAGCCCUACACAAGCCCGGUUCAGUGAUCUCUUGGAGUGUAGGGAGAGCAGGUAUGACUGGGACGACACUCACGAAAUUGAGCAAGACCUAGCAACCCUGGAGUGGGAACUGGAGCAGGACUACCGAGAUCUCUUCACUACAUUGAGAAGAUUCAGCAGGACAGCAAGGUGACAGAUCCAGUUCCAGACCCAUUCAGCUGGGAAGACAUUGUUGAUAUUUACUGGGAAGAACCCCAGGUGGUGGGUGGAGACGGGAGCGAGGUCUCUCCACUGAUAUUGCAGGGAUUUGGGAGCCCGAGCUCCAUUCCCCAGUGGGAGAUAUUGCAGGGAAUCGGGAGCCCAAGCUCCAUUCCCCAGCGGCAGGCUGAGUUACAGGGGACAGAGAUAGUUGCUUCUGUCCCCCAGCAGCAGUGUGAAUUGCAGGGAAUUGGGAGCCCGAGCUCCAUUCCCCAGCGGCAGGCUGAGUUACAGGGGGCAGAGACAAGUGGUCCUGUCCCCCAGCGGCAGUGUUCCUUGCAGGGAGAGGAGAGCAGCAUCCUCCCUCCCCAGUGGCAGGGUGAGCUACAAGGAUGGUGGGCAGUCGGCUCAAAUCCCCAGCGGCAGUGUGUUUUAUUGGGAAUUGGGAGCCUGGUCUCCAUUCCCAAGCGGGAGAUACUGCAGCGGCAGUGUGAUUUAUUGGGAAUUGGGAGCCCGGUCUCCAUUCCCCAACGGGAGAUAUUGCAGGGAAUUGGGAGCCCAGUCUCCAUUCCCCAGCGGCAGUACGAAUUACAGGGAAUUGGGAGCCCAGUCUCCAUUCCCCAGCGGCAGAGUGUCCUACUGGGAAUAGAGAGCCCAGUCUCCAGGACUCUGUAUUGGGAGCAGAGACAGUCGGUCUCUCUCCCCUGCGGCUGGAAGUAUGUAUGGGAGAGGAGCUUGUUACCCCCUCUCCCCAGUGGCAGCUUAAUGUACAAAGGGGAGACAGUAAGCCCCACAACUGUGCAGAUGGGACCGGAGCUUUGUCUCGUUCUUGGGGGGAUUUAUUGGAUGCUGUACCAGUUCGACUGCUAGGAGUGUAAACCUAUUCGUAUGGUUUUUCCUAUUCGGCUGUUUACAGCAUUCGUAUGGUUUCCUGUUCAGCGGAUUGGUGUUCUGCAGUAGCUGUGCCUGCAUCUCUGGAAGGGGAAGAUCUACUAAAUGGUGGUUUAACCCUUUUAUGCUAUGGGUGCCGUUACAGCCCCCAUUUAUGGCUCAGGGGUGGGUGCCGGGGGGGAGGAUAGCAUGUCCCCCCACAUUCUUAUUUAUGGCCCCCACCCACCGCUCAGGGGUGGGGGCCGGGGGGGAGGACAGUAGGUUCCCCCCCUUAUUUUUAUUUAGGGCCCCCACCCGCCACGCAGGAGUGGGGGCUGGGGGGGAGGACAGUAGGUUCCCUCCCACAUUCUUAUUUAUGGCCCCCACCCACCGCUCAGGGGUGGGGGCCAGAGGGGGAGGACAGUAGGUAGGUUCCCCCCUUAUUUUUAUUUAGGGCCCCCACCCGCCUCGCAGGAGUGGGGGCUGGGGGGAGGACAGUAGGUUCCCUCCCACAUUCUUAUUUAUGGCCCCCACCCACCGCUCAGGGGUGGGGGCCAGAGGGGGAGGACAGUAGGGCCCCCACUCAUCGCACAGCGGUGGGGGCAAUAGUUUUUUUUUUUUUUUACAGUGAGCAGCCAUAUGUGCGUAUAUAUUCCAUUUGAUGUGAGCUGUUUUUUGUGGUGUCCGGUGCGGUGCUUGCCACAGGCUGCUCACUGCUUACUAGACAUGCCCCUACUCGUGGUAUAGCGAGUAGGGGCUGAAUUUACUAAUACUAUAUAAUCUUUACUUAGUAUUAGUAAAUUUGUCUGAAAGACCGUGAUACCGUGUGAAUUAGGGAGCUAUCUACUAAGCGGCUGCAAGAUGCAGCCGCGGCAAUGAAUAGGAUCAAAUUAUAUUUAAUUUUUGUUAUUUUAAGUGAUUUCCCUAUCCACAUUUGUUUGCAGGGCACUUGUCCCACUCUUACCCCCAUUUUACUUUCUUUUGCAGCCCUCUAACCCUUUCCAGGACUUUUUAGAGCCAUUUUUGUGCCCAAAAGUUCGAGUCCCCAUUGACUUCAAUGGGGUUUGGAUUCGGGGUCAAGUUCGGGGUCAAGUUCGAUCCCGAACCCAGACUUUUUUCCGAAGUUUGGCCGAACCCGCCGAACCCAAACAUCCAGGUGUCCGCUCAACUCUAAUCACUAGCUCUUGUAAUAGCUAUUCUGCUAUACUCUCUGAAGUAGGAGAGGUUUACCCACUGGAAGCUGGAUCCCUGACUUGGGUCCAGGGUGGGUGGAGGACAGCGAGACCCCAGGCAUGCUGUGGAGGCUAAGAGUCUACAGUGCUGAUGGUGUCUGGUGAAGUGCUUGGAAGUACUCGGUGAGCACUAGGAAGCAUCGAUUGGAGGAGACACCCAAUUAGGGUGCCAGGCGCUCUGUCACAUCUGAUGGCAAGUGGUGGGAUGGCUUCCUAGUGAGUAUAGAAACAUUCUGGAGACACCGGAAUCGUUAUGGAUUUAUAAAUGAGGGCAAUGCUAGUAUUCAUACAGCGCCCCUGUCUACAGCGGUAUGGAACCAGCUAGUCCCCGGACGGCAUUCCCAUAUGAGGAGAUGUUUUACUGGAGGUUGCUGAACCACUUGGCCCAACAGGAUUGGCCCGUAUCACAGGAGAACAUACUGGACUACAGAGAGGUCACUAGAAAGGUGCUUUGGGAUGAAACCCUGGAGGGUGUACAAAGUCAGCGGGAUGAGAGUCUCCCCAGCGAGGAGCAGCGGCUACAAGUACAAGUUGCGCUGUGGAUGCCUCUCCUGGGAGAGCAGCCCCUGGAUGAGUGGAUGAUGAAGCUUGAGCGACUGGUAUGGAAGCAACUGUGGCUCGACAACGCGUACCAGGCGCUAUGGUGGUACACGAUUCAGCAUGUUCCUUGGAUGGCUGAGCAAGACAGGUCCGAGGGCAAGGAUUACGAUUGCCCUGGCCUGUUAUGGGAGGCCUUUGCUGAACCAGAGUUCAGGAGUGCUGGAGAGUCCCAAUUAUGGAACAUACUGCUGGAUCUUCCUAUAGCUGGUGAACUAGGACCAGACCUGAUCCAUCUGGCCACCAUGGAAUGGGAGCUGGAUCAGGCUUACCAACACCUGCUCAGCUCAAUUCAGCCCCAAUAUACCCUGCAGGGAGAGCAGGAGAGCUGGGUGUCGGACCCAGACCUACCACCCUACAGCUGGGGAGACCUGGCUGAGGUCUCAUCCACUGGUCCUGGGAACACUCUCUGUCGGCAGGUGGAGAUGGGACCAAGGUCUCUCCAUCGGCACUACAGGGAGGUUGGGCAGUCAGGCCAGAUCCCCAACCACAGAUGGAGCUAAUGGGAGAAGGAGAAAACCGAUACCAGAAGAGGAGACAGCUGGUCCUUCUUCCCAAUUAUAGGGAGACCUUAUAGACUGGUCCUGGGGGGAACUCCAACUGAGGUCUCUCCACCGACCCAGACCUCCAACUGCAGCUGGAAGUACUCGGAGGGAGGACAGUCGGUCCUACUCCUCAGCUGCAGCAUACCGUGCAGGGAGAAAGGAUAAUCGGUCCCCCUCCCCAGCAGCAUACUAUACAUGGAGAAGGGAUACUCGGUCCCCCUCCCAAGCAGCAGCCGGAGAUACUGGAAGUGGGGACGACCGGUCCCACUCCGCAGCAACGGUGCCUGUUGGCCCAAGACAGGACACAGGAAAUAGAUGGUGCAGAUGGGACAGAGGUCUCUGCACCAGACCUACAGGGAUUUUAGAUGGCCGGUCAAGAUCCCCAACUACCCCCGCAGGAAUACCAGGGGAAGGAUUUCCUCCUUUCAGUAGCAGAUUCCCAACCAGGUCCUGGGGGUAGUGGAGGGGGCAGCCAUCUCCAGAAGCGCUAGCAUUCGGGCAGAGUGCAGUUGGCCUCUGCCCUUUCCUUUUCCUUUUUCCAGGGCCUAACAUUACACAGGCCAUCCUAGCAGAGAGCUGGCAUCAGGGCAGAACGCAGCUGGCCUCUGCCCUACCUGUCCCCGUAUUGUUAAGCCUGAUGCCCAACAGGCUCUUGCAGCAGAAGCAAUACCAACAGGACAGAGCAGCAUUGGCCUCUGCUCUACCGGUCCAUGUGUAUCACUAGCUCUUGUAAGAACUAUCCUGCUAUACUCUCGGGACUAGGAGAUGUCUACCCACUGGAAGCUGGAUCCCUGACUUGGGUCCAGGGUUGGUGGAGGAUAGAAAGACCCCAGCCAAGCUGUGGCAGCUAAGGGUCUACAGUGCUGAUGGUUCCUGGUGGAGUGCUUGGAAUUACUUGGUGAGCACUAGGAAUCAUUGAUUGGCGGAAGCACCCAGUCGGAGUGUCAGGCCGUCAGUCAUAUCGUUUUUUUUAUAAAGAGAUUGUAUUGUUUAUUUUAUCUAAGGAAGCACACUGAAAAUCUAUUUGUUGGGUGGGAAUCAAUUUACUUUAGGUAACGUUGACAAUCCAUCUGAAAUCCAUAAGGAUUUUUAAAACUCUCUCCAUAUGAGAGACCAUAAUUUCUUCUUUUGCAGCUGUUAUGAGAACAUCAUCUAGGUAAUGAAUAGUAAGCAGAAGUAUAGAUCAGGGUGUUGCAGUGGAUGUGAUCUAUUUGGAUUUUGCCAAGGCAUUUGAUACAGUUCCACACAAUAGAUUAGUGUUCAAACUCAAGAUGGUCUAGAUGAAAAUUAUUGUUCUUGGGUAGAACAUUGGCUUAAAAAUAGAAUACAAAGAGUUGUCAUUAAUGGUACAUUUUCAAGCUGGACAGAGGUGGCAAGUGGUGUCCCUCAGGGUUCUGUUCUGGGACCCCUUCUAUUUAACAUGUUUAUCAAGAAUCUAGAAAAAAAGCAUUGAAAGUCAUUUUUCAGUGUUUGCAGAUGACACAUGAAAAAGGGCAUUCAUUCUUGGGAUGAGAAUAUCAUUUUGCCUCGUUAUAAAUCACUGGUAAGACCACAUAUUGAAUAUGCAGUGUAAUUUUGGGCACCUGUUCUAAAGGAUAUUAUGGCACUAGAAAAAGUGCAGAGGGGGGCUACAAAAUUAAUAAAAGGAAUGGAACAUAUCAGCUAUGCAGAAAGGUUAAAAAAUUUACACCUCUUUAGUUUAGAAAAACGUUGCCUGAGAGAGGAUAUGAUAACAUUAUACAAAUAUAUUCUGGGCCAAUACAAACCACUGUGUGGAAAUCUAUUCACAAACCAGACUUUACAUAGGACACAAGGUCAUGUGUUUAGACUGGAAGAAAGAAGAUUUUGUCUAAGGCAAAGUUUUACUGUAAGAACAAAAGUUAUGUGGAAUUCUUUACAUACAGAGUUAUAGUUGGAGCUGUAGAGUAUCUUGAACAAUCUGAAAAAUAGAAUAUAUGCAAAUAGCGUAGUAUAUCUAUACAAUGUAUUGCAUAUAAAAAAUAAAAAUAGUUAAACUCACAAGUCUAGAGUCAUACCGUCAUAUGACUCUAAAAGUAUGCUCCCUUGGACCAUUAGGGGGUUGUCCAAACCCUUCUUUCGUUGGUUACUUGUUAUUCCCCCUGAUGAUCUUUAGUGUGUCUUCAAUAAAGGUGCCCAGUAUACCGAGGAUCUUUGAAAAACUGGUAUUUGUUUAUUUAAAAAAAAAAAAAAAGUAAUAAUAUAAUAACAGAAUGGCAAUAUAAUAUACCAGUCAAUAUUGGAUAUAGAUAGAGUCCAAUAAAAAGUCCAAUAAAAGUUGAAAAAUGAGUGUCCAAAACGCGUUUCGCCUGAUUAACAGGCUUCCUCAGUUGGCUCUAAUGUCUCUUCCAAUGUUCUUUCUUUUUGAAAAUGCCGCCGGCUGGCUUUAUCUUCUUUAUAUAUCACUUCCUGGUUCCGUCUGUUGGAACGCAACGUGCGUUACAAAUUCGGCACUGACUUCCGGGACGCGUCCCAAAAGUUAUAGGGCUAUAAGUACAAGUAGGAUAUUGCGGUUUCAAAACAUACAUUUUUAAAAUUUAUCAAUAGUGACAUUGUAACACUAUUAUCUGUCAUAAAUCUCUGAAUAACACCCCACAUGUACAUAUUUUUUUUUAAAGUAGACUACUAAGUGUUCAAUAAAAACAUGGCAACUUUCAUUCUUUGUGCGUUAUUAGUUUAAGCAGACUGUGAUUGUCUAUUGUUGUGACUUAGAUGAUGAUCAGAUCACAUUUUAUGACCAAUUGGUGCAGAAAUCCAUAUCAUUCCAAAGGGUUCGCAUACUUUUUCUUGCAACUGUAAGUAACAUGUCCUUAAAGAUAUUCAGAAGGUCCAUAUUACAUCCAUACCAGAUAAGAGAUAACCAAAACUGCUUAGGUGUCUUAGGAGAAAGCCACAAUGCACACGUUUCAAUGACAGAAUUCAAAAGGACAAUUACCCGAUGACUCUCUUAGAGUACUAAAGACAGUACUAAAGAGUACUAAAAAUUUCCUUUAAGAUAAUUUUUGUAAUAUAUAAUUCUGAUGUAUGUCCAAUAUUUGUUUGUCUAGAGCAGUGCCUGAAAAUCUUUUAUCUUGCAUCCCUAAUUGGUGAUUUUCCAGUUCUGUUUUAAAGAUGAGCUUGAUAAAAUGUGUACAAAGUCCAUGUUAGCUUUUUAAUAAAUAUAUUUGAUAAAUAUUGUCAACAUAAUGGUCAUUGUCAUUAAAGCAUUAAUUCUAUGGUGCCAGCUCCCCCAGUUAUCCAUAAGAAAAGCAUAUUUCCCAACCCAGGCACACCAUUCUUCGCCAACAGUGAUGCUAAUAAAACCUGGAAAAUUGAUGUACCUUUAGUAUUGAGCUGUGAAAUAUUGCUCAGGACAAAUAAAUAUUAGUGAUGUCCCGAACUGUUCACCGAACGGUUCGCCACGAACGGUUCGCCGUGGACUCAUCAUUGAGUAAACUUUGACCCUGUACCUCACAGUUAACAGACACAUUCCAGCCAAUCAGCAGCAGACCCUCCCUCCCAGACCCUCCCACCUCCGGGACAGCUCACUAAGAAUGCAGCUUCACAAUGGAUGCUGUCCAGGAGGUGGGAGGGUCUGGGAGGGAGGGUCUGCUGCUGAUUGGCUGGAAUGUGUCUGCUGACUGUGAGGUACAGGGUCAAAGUUUACUCAAUGAUGAGUCCGUUGCGAACCGUUCGCGAACCAUACGGCGAACAGUUCGGGACAUCACUAAUAAAUAUGUAUUAACAGACAAAAUAAGUUAAGAAGACAGUCAAUGUUUAACAUUUUGUAUCCACUUACAACACUCUGUAGAUUCAAGAUCUAAAGAUGAAGGUAUUGGAUCUGCGUGGAAAGUUUAAAAGGCCAGCUCUACGCAGGGUUCGGGUUUCAGCUGAUGCCAUGCUCCGUGCUCUGUUGGGUUCUAAACACAAGGUUUCCAUGGACUUGCGUGCCAACUUGAAAUCUGUGAAGAAGGAAGACACCGAGAAGGUUGUUCAUAUUUAUUGUGCACGUGGACUAACAGGGUUAUUCACUAAAGGGAGAAUUCAAAGUGAAUUCAAGGUGAAUUUUACAUUUAAGACCAGAGUAGUCAAAGUAUAA